UGAGCUGCUAUUUUAAGCCCCCCUGCAUGCCUCUAACAGCAGCUCCAUUCCUCUCCUCAGAACUGGAGGAGGUGAUCAUCUGAAGAAGAGGAGCAACAUCAUGCUGCUGUCCAUCAGAGGAGCGAGGAGCAGCUGCUAGUGCUUCAUCGGAGCAGACAUGGACUCCAUCAGCCGGGGAUAUUCAACUCAACAUGUCCAGGAACUAUGAGCCUGGUCACUCAGUAGGGAUGCUGGCGGCAGUGGAGCACGGCCCCAUCCUCUGCAGCGACUCCAACAUCCUCUGCCUGUCCUGGAAGGGGAGGGUCCCGAAGAGCGAGAAGGACAAGCCGGUGUGCCGGCGCCGCUACUACGAGGAGGGCUGGCUGGCCACGGGGAACGGCCGGGGGGUGGUGGGGGUCACCUUCACCUCCAGCCACUGCAGGAGGGACCGCAGCACCCCCCAGAGGAUCAACUUCAACCUGCGGGGGCACAACAGCGAGGUGGUUCUGGUGCGUUGGAACGAACCCUUCCAGAAGCUUGCCACCUGUGACAUGGAGGGGGGGAUCUUCGUCUGGAUUCAGUAUGAAGGCCGCUGGUCCGUGGAGCUGGUGAACGACCGGGGGGCGCAGGUCAGCGACUUCACCUGGUCCCAUGACGGCACGCAGGCUCUGAUAGCGUACCGGGAUGGAUUCGUGCUGGUGGGCUCGGUUAGUGGGCAGAGGCAUUGGUCCUCCGAAAUCAACCUGGAGAGCCAGAUUACCUGCGGCAUCUGGACCCCCGACGACCAGCAGGUGCUGUUCGGAACGGCGGACGGCCAGGUGAUCGUGAUGGACUGCCACGGCCGCAUGCUGGCUCACGUGCUGCUGCACGAGUCCGACGGCAUCGUCAGCAUGUCCUGGAACGCCCCCGACUUCCUGGUGGAGGACAGCACUGAGAGCGACACAGACUCUGACGACAACAUCCUGCCCCUGGUGCGCAGGGUGAAGCCUCUGCUGACCGUCACCUUCCUCUCCGGAGACAUCAGUCUGAUGAACAACUACGACGACCUGUCUCCGGCUCUGAUUCGCUCCGGACUCAAAGACGUGGAGGCCCAGUGGUGCUCUCAGGGAGACCUGCUGGCUGUGGCCGGCAUGGAGAGGCUGGGGGACUCGGCCUGCUCCGCCCCCCUCAGCAGGAACGCUCUGGUGAAGUUCUACAACGUGCAGGGGGAGCACAUCUACACCCUGGAGACCCCCGCCCAGAGGCCCAUCACCACGCUGUGCUGGGGCCACAGGGACUCCCGGCUCUUCCUGGCCUGCGGGCCGGCACUGUACGUGGUACGGGUGGAGCACCGUGUGGCUAGCCUGCAGCUGCUCUGCCAGCAGGGCAUCGCCUCCGCCCUGCGGGAGGAGAAGGACGUGGGGAAACUCAACAUGCCAUCGCUGCUCUGCUCCUACGUCACCUCCGCCUUCAUCCCCACCAUCAAGCCCCCCAUCCCGGACCCCAACAACAUCCGGGACUUCGUCAGCUACCCGACAGCGGGGAACGAGCGCCUGCACUGCACCAUGAAGCGGGCGGAGGACAGUCCCGAGGCGGGUGGGCCCUGCUACACUCUGUACCUGGAGUACCUGGGGGGCCUGGUGCCCAUCCUGAAGGGCCGGCGCAUCAGCAAGCUGAGGCCCGAGUUCAUCAUCAUGGACCCCAAGGUGGACGGGAAGGCAGAGGAGGUGUGUGUGAACCCCAUGAUCUCGUACGCUGACAGCUGUAACUGCUCCGACUCCAGCGACAUCGAGCUGAGCGACGAGUGGGUCGGGAAGAAGUCUCCCAAGCUAUCCCGAGGAACCAGGAUGAACCUGGAGUCCAGGAAAUCUCCAAAACUUUCCCGCUCCAAUCAGGAAGGCCAGCGGUCACCACGGUUACCUACGAAGAAGACGGUGCCGCGCUCCCCCAGUCUGACGAGGAGGGAGUUCUCCAUGGACGGCAUCUCUGAGCACAACUACCUGGCUCAGGUCACCUCCAACAUCUGGGGGACAAAAUUCAAAAUCGUCGGCCUUGCUUCUUUCCUGCCUGCCAACCUCGGUGCAGUGAUCUAUAAGACCAGUUUGCUCCACCUGCAACCAAGACAGAUGACCAUCUACCUUCCAGAGGUGCGGAAGAUCUCUCACGACUUCAUGAGUCUGCCGGUGUUCAACCCCAACGUGUUCAGCGAGGACGAGGACGACCUGCCAGUGAUGGGGCCUUCAGGGGUGUCCGCAGAGAACCCCCCCUGCACCGUCAACAUCCCCAUCGCUCCGAUCCACAGCCCGGCUCAGGCCAUGUCUCCCACUCAGAGCAUCGGCCUGGUCCAGUCUCUGCUGGCCAAUCAGAACAUCCAGCUGGACGUGCUCACCAACCCCACCGCCACCGCCGCUGCAGCCGCCGCUGCUGCACCUACUGCAGACCGCGGGCAGGACGCAGUUCCAUCCCCGUACCCAGUGCCCUCCAGGUACUCAAACCCUGGUCAGGUGAUCUUCAACGGGCUGGAGAUGGCUCCUCUCCUUCCUGGUACUCUCCCCCCGCCGCCUCCCCCUCACCACCUCCCACCGCAGCCUCACCCGCAGCGCUUGCAUCCCCAGCUGCCUCGCACUCUGCCGCCAAAGCAGUCACAACAGAUGCAGACGCAGCAGCAGAAGAUGCAUCUUCAGCAGCAGCAGCAGCAGCACCAUCAGAUGCAAACACAGCAGCAGCUCCAGCAGCAGCAUCAGCAGCAGCAGCAGCAGCUCCAGCAGCAGCACCAGCAGCUGCAGCAGCAGCAGCAACAGCUGCAGCAGCUGCAAACGCUGCACCAACAGCAGCAGCAGCAGCACCAACAGCACCAGGCUCAGCAGCACCAACAGAUGCAACAGAACCCAACCCACCAACAACUGCAGCACCAGCAGCAGAUCCAGCAGCAGCAGCAGCAGAUGCAGAUGCAGCACGAGCAGAUGCAGCAGCAGCAGCAGCAGAUGCAGCAGCAGCAGCAGCAGAUCCGCCAGCAGAUCCAGGAGAUGCGGCAGCAGCAGCAGCAGCUGCAGCAGCAGCACCAGCAGAUCCAGCAGCAGCACCAGCAGAUGCAGAGGCAGCACCAGGUGAUGCAGCAGCAGCUGAAGAUGCAGAUGACGCUGCCGCCGCCGCCCACCGGAUAUCCAACCAUAUCCUUACACCAGAUCCACCUGCUGCCUCCUCCCCCCACCACUGAGCCGGGCUUCAGGGAGCAUGCACACACUCUGAAGCCCAGCAUGCCAAGGAGUCUGCCCCCCUUCAGCGACAUGGACGGGGGCAUGGAGCUUCAGAUGAGGAAGGUGAAUCCUCCUCCUCCUUACCCGGGCACCGUGGUGUCUGCAGCGAUCGCUACAGCCGUUGCCACACCGCAAACUCUCAUCACCAACUGUGACAGCCCAAGUGUCCUGUCACCUGACCCCUGCCUCAAGAAGGACGAGUUCCUGCUGCACCCGGUCACUCUGCAGUACCCGACUCCUCUGGGCUACGAGAGGAUCACUACCUUUGACAGCAGCGGCAACGUGGAAGAGGUGUGUCGGCCUCGCAGGCGCCUCGUCCGCAACCAGAAUGCAUACGCCGUGCACGGCAUCGGAGGCUCCGCAACACUCAAAGUCACCUCCUCUGAGAACAAAAAGAUCCAGCUUCCCUACAGCUCUGCCACGCUGAGCCGCCUCUCCGUCCCUCGAUACUCUAUACCCAGUGGAGACCCGCCUCCUUACCCUGAUCCCGCCAAUCAUGUCAAUGCCACCCUCCCUCCGCCACAGAGGAUCGACAGCAGUCUGAUCCACGCCACCCUGCGUCGGGACCGCAGGGACGUCGGGCUCAAAGUGCCGCAGAUGAUGGAGAGCUCCAGGACGCUGCCCACUAAGGCUAAAAUGAACAGCACAUUAGCACUGAGCUACCAGCAGAGGGCGCCCACCGCGCUGUAUACCUGCACCCAGUGCAGCAGCAACAGCAGUAGCACCAGCGUCAGUGUGAGCGGCGGGGGGACCACGAGUAGUGGCAUCGCGGGCGGCACGGUGGUGCGGCAGGACUUCCCGCCGGGGAAAGGGGCUCAUCACAGCACCAUCAUCGUGCACUCAAAGAGCAGCACCCCCCUCUCCUCGCAUUCCACCUACAGCCUGCUGAGCGCCGCCGACAGCAGCCGGGACAGAACGGUGUACGUCAACUCCGCCUUCACCGAAGACGAGACUCUGAACCAGCACCUGGAGAAGUCCGUGCGGCAGCUGACUCUGGGCGAUGUUAGCUUGACGGUGAAACGCCCUCCGCCUUACCAGUGGGACACCUCCACCACGGAGGAGUUCUGGCUCACUCCGGAACAAACCAUGCUAGCUCCUCAGCCCGGGGCCCAUAAACCUCCGCCGCUAAUCAUCAGCCAGGCUCAGCACCUGGACAUGACCCGGCUGCCGUUUGUGCUGACGACUAAACCUCCGAACAGCCAGACAACGAGCACGCUCACGUUCCCGUCGGGUUACCAGAUCUCCCUGUCACCUUUCCCUCCACCUCACAGCGCUCCUCCACCCCCGAAUGAAUUGGGGGGUUCGGUUCCUUAUUCUCAGCAGGAUCCCAGCUUGGUGUUGCCGCCGGGUUAUCCUCCCAGCCUCGCCAACUUAUCGUGCUGCCCCCUUCCACCGAUGUACCCCGGAGCCAGUGCCUGUGGCGGCCUGCAGCUCCACCCCGUCAGCCUCCACCCCUGGAACCCGUACCCCUGUCCGCCUCCCAUGCAAGACCCUCCAGCACCUCCCCUCCCGACCAAAACUCAUCAGAUUCUAGAGAAGCCAAUCCUCUCGCCCCCUCCUCCGACUGGGCCUCCACCGCCUCCCCCUCUCCCGCCUCCUCCUCCACCGACGGAGGUGCCACCGUCAAAAAGCACCGCGGAUGAUCUCGGGGACAACUUCCUGGAGCCGUCGUCGCUAAACGAGAGUCCCGUGCAGCAGGAGUCCGAGCGCUUCAACAAGAAGAGUCGCAAGAGGGUGGACAGCCGGGCCGAGGACGCCAACAUGCCCGCCGUCUCCGAGGGGAAGUCCAGGAAGGAAGGGCGGGCGCUGUCCGACUUCAACACCCUCAUCUCCAGCCCGAGGCUCGGCAGCCGAGAGAAGAAGAAGCCGAAGGGCCAGAGAGAGCAGCUCAAUAAAACCAAGAAGAUGAGUCGGACCACCAACGAGUUCCAGGACAGCUCGGAGAGCGAGCCGGAGCUGUUCAUCAGCGGAGACGAGCUGAUGAACCAGAACCAGAGCAGCAAGAAGAGCUGGAAGAACAAGCGCAGCAUGCGGAUGGCGAGCGAGCUGGAGGAGAUCAAGUGCCGCAAGGCCAACGAACGAGAGGACCGCAGCCUGGGAAGCCAAGGGUUCGUCUACGUUAUGGCCAACAAGCAGCCGCUGUGGAACGAAGCCACGCAGGUCUAUCAGCUGGACUUCGGAGGACGCGUCACGCAGGAGUCCGCCAAGAACUUCCAGAUUGAGCUGGACGGCAGACAGGUGAUGCAGUUCGGCCGUAUCGAUGGUAACGGCUACAUCCUGGAUUUCCAGUACCCGUUCUCCGCGGUGCAGGCGUUCGCUGUCGCCUUGGCCAACGUGACCCAGCGUCUGAAGUGAAAAGGCUUCCUGCUGCUGUAGAAGAUGACUCCAGAGAGGCUGGAGGGACGGAGCUGAUAGAGGCGGUCGCUCCAGCAGACCCUCAGCGCUCAUUCUGCUGAGGGUCUGCAGAUCCUCUGGAUCACAUGAAUGUGAUGGCAAUGUAUUUAAAACUACUAAGUAUUUGAUUUAUGUCUGUGAUGUUAAUAACAAAAGUACUUUGUUGGGUUUGAUGGCGUUUGAAAAGAGAAACCAUAUAAAACAUUGCAGUAUUUUAGAGUCAGUAAGUGCGUUAUUUACUAUGAAGUCAAACUGAUUGUUGUCAUGCCUUGAUUUAGAUGUUUAUCCUUUAUUUGAACCCCAUGAUGUUUAAACUGCAAUAGAAGAACUUCUAUCCAUGAUGCUUCUAUGAAGUGGUGAAAAGAACAGAGUCAGACUUCCUCCUUCCUUUCUAUCCAACCCUCGCCUCUGAAUGUGAGGAAGGGUCAACAGGAGGUCGUUCAGUCGUCGGCUCCUGCAGAUAAAUCUUAUUUAUUUAUAAAACGCUUUUUGUGCAAAGUUGCAAAACAAGGUGCUCAACGUUACAGUGAAGAGGAGACAAAAAAGGCAUUGAAUUUAUAAAAGAAGAAGGCCUUAAGGAGUUUAAAUGCUUAGGUAUUAGACGUUUCUUUUUUAUCUGACGUUGCAUUGUAAAGUCUCAACUCUAAAUAUGGUAUAACUGUGUUUUUGUUUACCGAUGCAGAUCCUAAAAAAAGCUCAAACUUGGUGUUGAAUUUGAUUCAAGUUGAUUUAAAAUGCUUAAAUCUUUGCUUCCCCGCGGGAUCCUCUCCGAUGCUUGGUCGUGCUCGGCUGUGUUUCUCUCUGAUUUCCUGGGUGUUUUUGACGCUGCUUCUCCUGCAGUUGGCCUUGUUGGAAGUGAGCGCUGCUUUAAAUAGAGUGUGUGCUUUAACGCUGGACACACACCUGGUGUUGCUGCUUCUCUGUGUCGUACCUGGAGACUCGUGUGUUGCUCACUCACUUUGCUUCGAAGAGUUUCUGGAUGUUCCACCUGUUACUGCAGCGUGCUGAUCAGUUCAGAUUCAGUGGGAGACUCGUGUAUACUUGGUGCUAAUGAAGGAAACGUGGACAACAGGAAGAGUUCCGAGCGGCUGCGGAGCUUCAGUCAGUGUGUGUUCGUUAGCAGCAGACCGCCUCACUAGAGACGGCUGCCUCAUUUCAUUUUACUCUUACGUUGUGAAGGAAAUAAACCAUGUGACCUGGGUCAGUCCGGACCUGUAGGCUGCCCGGGGUAAUAAAAGACAUUGUUCCAAGA